AGCAGCCCCGGCUUCGAAGAUGCUGCGAGCUGAGCACGGCACCUCACUGCACCCCGCGCCGCCUUGAAGAUGAACCUGUCUCUGAUCGACCCCUUUGUCCUCGCACAGGACUGCCCCGAUGUCAUCACCGGCCGUCUACGCAGCGGUCACUCCACAUCCAUUCGCUUCAGCCACCGCGGCGACCUGCUUGCCUCUGGACGUCAUGACGGUAUAGUAGUCAUCUUCGACAUCGAGACCAAUGGCGUCGCCCGCAAACUGCGCGGCCACACGCGCCAGGUGCAGUCGCUGAGCUGGUCCACCAACGAUCGCUAUCUCCUCAGCGCUGGGCAGGACUGGAAGUGUGUGCUCUGGGACCUGCAAGAUGGCUCUAGAGUGCGCACUGUCCGCUUCGAGGCUGCCAUCUUCAUCGCCGAGCUGCACCCCAAGAACCACAUGCUCUUCGUCGCCGCCCUCUUCGAGGACCAGCCUGUCAUUGUCGACAUGACGGAACAAGUGCCCGUCAAGCACCAGAUCCCAUCGGCGCCCCGCCGCUCCCAGGUCGAGCGCGAGAACGCAACAGAGAAGCAGAAUGCGCAAGAUGCCAAGCAAACAACGACGAUGACUCUCUUUACGCCCUCUGGAAAACACGUCAUUGCCGGAACGAACAAAGGGUGGAUGAACAUCAUCGACACAGAAACACACGAGGUCAAGUACUCAUUCAGAGUUACCAACAACAUUAUCGUGUACAUUCGUUUGACUCCUUCUGGGCGCAACAUUGUGGUCAAUGCAAGCGAUAGGAUAGUACGGACGCUGCAUCUCCCCGACUUCAGCGAUCCCAAACUCGACUUCGACACGCUUCAGCUCGAGGUUGAACACAGGUUCCAGGAUCUGGUGCAGAGAUUAUCCUGGAACCAUGUCUCAUUCAGCCCGUCCGGCGAAUAUGUUACAGCUUCCACUUGGAUGAACCAUCAUAUAUACGUUUGGGAACGAGGGCAAGGCAGUUUGGUCAAGAUUCUGGAAGGCACAAAGGAAGAGCUGUCAGUUGUGGAGUGGCAUCCCUCCCGACCGUUCGUCGCGGCGGUUGGUGUCGACUCUGGGCGUGUCUGGCUUUGGUCUAUACUGCAGCCUCAGCGUUGGUCUGCGCUAGCACCAGACUUCGUUGAAGUUGAAGAGAACGUCGAGUACAUCGAGCGUGAAGACGAGUUCGACAUUCAGCCACUCGAAGAAUUACACAAGCGUCGUCUCGACCAGGAAGACGAAGAAGUCGACGUGCUCACCAUCGAGGUCAAGGGAUCAGCUGCAGAGUCUGGUGCCGUGAACGGAGAGCCGGAGUUCAUGAUGCCUGUAAUUUUGGAUAUCGAGAACAGCGACAGCGAGGAUGAGGUGGUCGCAGUCGGCGCUGGUCAGUUUAGACGCCGCAGCCCCGGCGCUGGACGGGAAUGGAUGAACGAUGACGAAGUGGCAGUCAGUGGAGAUGAACGCAGAGCUAACGGCACAGCAGUGCAAAACGGCACGAAGAGACGGCGAGGCUGAACGUCAAGCUACAAAAGCCACACCCAAACAGAGAGCUGCAUGAACAAGGAGCGAAGAGGCACGUUGAAUCCAGCUUCUGGAGCGCCAUGUCGAACAAGUUGUCCACGCACAAUCGAAUAGAUACCCCAAAUACAAUGUAAAAGCAAAACUCCAUACCAUACUACAUCUACUUCUCUGUC